AGGUGGCAUCAACCUAUGUAUGAAAAACCCCUUUAUCGUCCCAUGAUCCCCGAGAAAAACAACGACUUGUUCCCCUCCAAGUUAUAACUGCUAAGUAAGUUGUAUAAGGAUCUCACAAGCAAGAGUAGCCGUAGCGAUGAAUUCCCCAAGAAUAAAAGAAUUUCGCGAGGAGGACCGAGUGCAAGUCGGAGGUCCUGCAGCACCUUCGCCUGAUUAUAAUACCAAGAAGACCAACUAUAUGUUUCUCUUGAAGGCUGUACCCGGAGUUGCAGAAGCUGCUGCACCAGUGGAAGGAUCCACAAGACGGGCCCGCCUCGUAGUGUCGUUUCUAACUCUACUCCUCGCCGUGUGGGUCCUCUGGUUUUACCUAGAUGAAGUCCUUGGCGCCGGUGGCUCGUUGUUAGGGACAAAAAUGUUGGCCGGGGUCGUGUGGUCAUGGUGUGGCGAGAAGUUGUCCUUGUUGCACGGAGGAGGAGGUGAUGAAAUUAUGUUUCCAACCUCUCAUGACUUAUUUGCCUUCCGGAUGAAAAAUGAAGAAGAUGCUCAUCUCGCGAGUGACUUCGGAGGCGGUGACUACGAUUUUCUUAAUUUGACGAAGAUGAAUAAUACGCGGAGCAGGAUGGCAAGAAUGGCAACCAGGUCUUCUAGAAGUACUUCCACUUCUCAUUCCCUUGUGCACGACCCCUUCACGACCUCCUUCCUCGCCGUGUCCGAGAGGACCAGGACUUCCACGAAGAGAAACAAGAAAAUCAGCUACGCGCGACAAGAAGUAGAACUACAAAAAUCUUCCGACGAGACGUCAACGAAAACUGUUACAAUCAAGGCGCGGGAAGACCAGGCGGGCCUGCUCGCACAGUACGUCGGUGCUCAGGGGAUGCCGGGUACCGGGUAUGCAUUGCAAAAGUAUCGUACUCGUCCUAAUUGCAGUUACGCAUUGGCAUUACAAAUCUAGUUGUUAAGGCAAAUCAGCAUUACAAAUUCCAUUUGAAAUGCUAAGCCAAUUUUUUGUAUUGCGAUUUCUACUAGUACGAUACUUUUGCACAGGAUACCGGGCAGUACGAUGCAACUACUUCGUCUUCGUGCGUUCACGACUGCCAGGACCGAUGGAAGUUGGACCUGUGCAGCCCGCACACAUGGCUGGACACCCCGGGUUUUGAAGAUGCUGCGGCUGCGCCCGGAACAACCGUGAUCAGGAGCAACAAGGCACCAGAAGACAUGCUGAAUUGGCCGUCGGACCACAAGCUGAAGGUCAUUUUCCAAGCGCAGGCGGGGCCGCGGGAGUUUCCGGGGGUACCUAGUGACUUUUACCCGCCCGCAACGGACUAUCACGUGGUGCUCACCGGGCCGCCAGACUUUCGGGUUCGCAACAAGGAAGGUCGCCCGGGCUUUCACGUGAACGGGGCGUCGGCCCCGAGCGAGCAGUAUGGGUGGACACAUCAACGCGCACGUAUGAAGCGGGUCUCCCGAGGGCAGAGCGGCCCGACGGAGCAAGACGACGGCGAGCCGGUCUUCGUAAAGAUCGGCCUUGAGCAAGGUCUUUACGGCACGACCGGAGACAACAACAUAGACUGUUGGUACAACUUGGUCUGUGAAGGUAAAUGCCCUUGCGAUCCAACAUCAGAGAGCGAGUUUCCGGCACAGGUCACCGCCAUCGCCAAGACGUCGUACUUCGGAUUUGCAGCUGUCACGCGGGCCCUUACCAACCAGGAGCACCUCGACACGCCAGCGACGGCACCACGUGCGACGGAGGCACAGCACACACACGCCGAAUUUUUCCAAGACCUCUACCAGCCGAACUUGGCACCUGUAGCGGUGUCGCUUUUGGGAACGUCGCUUGUGCACGUCUCAGAUGAACAAUGGUCCUGCAGACUCGAGCUCGCGCCCGCGGUUCCGCAGAUCAACCACCAGCCGUUGUGGCAGUUUGCGCACGAGCACAGCACAGACGAAGGGCUAGUAGACCUCAUGAAACGGCUAUCGCAAGAAAAAAACGUUGUUAGUGUAAAUUUGUGAUGCGCAACAUGCAAGAUGAUUGCGUCUGUCAUGCUUGGCAUGCAUCGUAGGGUCCAUUAUUUAAAGGGCGUUUUCACGUGCUAUCUGCGCAUGACAGGUUUUUGCUGUCAUGCCAGGCAAAUUUGUAAUGCUGUUCCUCCAAAAAAGUUACACCUACAAUGUUUUUUUCUUGGAUAACGGCUCUACAAGGACUCUGUGAGGCACUUUCGCGUGAUGCAUCGCAAUGGCUUGUACUUUCCCGGCUGCCACUAUGGAAGUGUCAGGAUUGAAAUCGUCAAAGUUGAAAUAACUUGUAAUGCAUAAAAUCGAUACCAAUUUGGCCCACAGUUUCUAGUCGGCGCAUGACAAAUUUUGUCCGUGCCGGAAGCCACUUUGUCAUGCUGUUUAGGGAAAAGAGGUUCCCCUCUGUCAUGCUAAUCAGCCGGGCAAUGCUCGACCCUUAACAGCACUACAAUCUGCCUCCCUUGCGUCCUCUGCAAUAGAGGCAAUCUCUGCGUUGCAUUUUAUGCAUGACAAACUAUUUCAACUUUGACGAUUUCGAUCCUGACACUCCCAUAGCCACGCCGGCAACCUGCAAGUUAUCACAAGAACAAGCGAGGAAGCUGGUGGUGCAGCUGCUCCUCACGAGCAUCUAUCCUGUGCAAAAGUAUCGUACUCGUAUUGCAAUCAUGCAUUACAAAUCUCAUUCUUAAGGUAAAUCCGCAUUACAAAUUUCAUUUCUCAUGCUGAGGGAAUUUGUAAUGCAUGUUAUAGGAGUACGAUACUUUUGCAGUUCAUAGCAUCUUCCAUAUUACAAUGUCGCGGCACUGGACUUCAGUUCCGUGACUUACAUUCCCGCAGAUUUCCAUCUGCACAGUGGCGAACGCGAUAUUACCCCUUCUGUUCCCCCGGGUGAGAGCAAGCGUGGCGGUGGUGGUGGUGGUGGUGGCCCCCGUUCUAUCCAGAAAAAAAAGUGUGUAAGUGUAACUUUCUUUCAGGAACAGCAUCACAAAUUUGCUCUGCAUGACAGAGAAAACCUGUCAUGCGUGGCUUGCAAGGCAAAACACACAUGAAAAGAGGGCUUCAUGGCUGUCUGGCAUGACAGGUAUAACUCUGCUGCGUGUUGUUCUGCAACACAAAUUUACACUUACACAGUUUUUUUUCUUGCAUACGUUCUAA